CAAUUAACCAGUUUACUUGAGAGUCGAGCCUUCCAAGACCGUAUCCGGUUUGGUCCACCUUAGGUGCUCCUACACCAACAAGUACUGGGUGAGGUGUGGUUCGAAACUCAGUACUGGAUCCCCGAAUAGGACCAGUCCAAGUGGUCGUGCACCCUCUUCAAGCUUGUCUUUGUGGACGACAAAGACGACCACAGGACCGUGCGGUUCCUCCACGUCCAGCUCAACCACUAUGCCUGCUAAUUUUGCUCGGACCCGCCCUUUGGGAACUUCGUGUACGCCGGGUGGGAGGAGCCAAACAGUGACCUCUACGAUGUCUGUGAGAUUUUAGUUACUGGGAGUCUCUCCUCGUGCUACCAAAACACGUGGCAUUCAAGGGCGACAAUGGGCAGUACCUCUUGCUUGCUGGAUCAAAGGCCUUGAGUACCUUGAAUUCUCUGGCAGCGACCUUGGAGAUCCAUCCGUGGGGAAUGAGGUCUUUACGAAAGCAUCCAGAUUAAGUCUAAUUGCUUCAACAAGUUCUGGAGGCUUAGCCCCAAUUGGAUCUGGGGCGACUCCAGCGACAGCACCACUGACAACGCCGACAUGCUAUUUUGGCCCGUGAAAGUCGGGAAAAGCGCCAUCGCGUUGCGCAACUACAACAAUAGCUACUUCUGCAAGCGGCUGACUACCGAGGGGAAACCAAGUUGCCUUAAUGCUGGGGUGUCGACAAUAAGUAAGGAGGCCCAGAUUGGGGUGGAGGAGCUGGUGAUCUCGAGGAGCAUUUAUGAUGUGGAUUUCUGCCUCAUGGAUGCCAGAAUCUAUGACCAGUCCGUCAUCACCAUGGCCACCGGAGUCACCAGUAACAUGAGUUCUAAUCCCAACAUGGUGAGAGCGCAGCUAAGCUACACAAACACCAAGAGCAACACCUGGUCUAGGAAUGUGUCCCUCAAUUAGUGGCGGAUCCAGAAAUUUUUUAUAGGGGCGUCCUCUUCCAAAAAUAAAUUAAAUUAAAAAUUCAAUAAUUGAAUUAAAUAAUUCUUAUAUUAGAAAAUAUCCUACUACUACAAAUAUUAACAAAAUAUCACAAUGUGU